UGCCCCAUAGGAGCGCGCGGGUCGCCAUGGAGAAGGUCCCCGAGACGACCUAUUUCCGGCGGGUUAAGCCGCUGUGGUUUGCGGUCAUCGCCGUCUCCAUGGGCUACUUCGCGGUAGGCGCUGCGAGAGGAGCCGGGACGCAGGCGCACUGGCCCCCGCGCCUUCCGGGCGCCGCGCAGUGGGCAGUGUUCUGGCCUCAGAGCAUCCCAUAUCAGAAACUGGGACCUCUUGGCUCCUUCACCCAGUAUCUGGUGGAUCGUCACCACACGCUUCUGGUUAAUGGGUUUUGGCUUGCCUGGCUGGUCCAUAUUUUCGAAUCCUUAUACGCCUUGGUCCUGUGCAGGCGGAAAGGCAUCACGAACGGCCAGGCUCGCCUUUCCUGGUUCGUACAAACCUUCCUCUUCGGGAUAGCGUCUCUCUCCCUCUUGAUUGCUUACCGACCCGUUCGCCAGAAACAGAAGUAAAGCUCCGAAGACGCCGACUCACGAGAGCUUUCCCGUAUAUCCGGGGCAACGUCAUCCCUUCCAAAAAUCUUUGAAAUUGAUUCUGCGUGUGGCUUCUCGGAUCAUUUCCGUUCAGAAAAUGUUUUCCGUCAGUUUUCCUCUUGCUGACCGAGCGAUUGUUCUGGGAUUAGGCCUUUCAUUCAUUCAUUCAAUCGUAUUUAUUGAGCGCUUACUGUGUGCACAGCACUGGACUAAGCGCUUGGGGAGCCUUGAGGAAGGUUGAUUGAGAGUCAGCCAGAAAAGGGGGGAAAAUUUAUAGCUUGUCACUGAAGCGGGUGAAAUCAAUUGGCAAAGAAUCGUACUUACUGUAAGGACAGUCAGUGCUCCGGUAAUGCAGAGAUUGUAUUCUAGACUGUGAGCCCGCUGUUGGGUAGGGACCGUCUCUAUAUGUUGCCAACUUGUACUUCCUAAGCGCUUAGUACAGUGUUCCGCGCACAGUAAGCGCUCAAUAAUUGCGAUUGAUUGAUUGAUUUUCUGGGUUGAAACAGGGACCAUAUUUUCCACCUCUCUCUCUUUUGGUAUUGGAAUAAAUAUACUGUUUGCUCACCUAUAA